GGGUUAGGUUGCGUCUCCCUGCGUGUGUCUAUAACUUUGUGUUGCCGCUCCUGGUUGUUAGGAGAAGGAAUGUGGAAGUCGGCGGAGGGGAGGGCGACAGGUUGCUCGAGGGAACGGCGGCAGCUCCAGGGUUUCUUUGCCGCCGCUGGUCCGCCGCUGGCUUUCUCUCCGGGGAGGGAGCGUGCUGCCAACGGUGGGGCUUUUUUUCUCAUUUUAAUGCUUCUUCUGCUACUUAAAGUGGAACGACUCGGGAACGGCUCCAAAAUCAAGAAUCCUGCAGCAGCAGCAGCAGCGGUAGAAUCGGCGCCUGGUUUUCCUCCCGUGCGUUCGGAGCUGGAUUUUCCGCCUGCCCAACGGAGCCGGCUUUAAGCUCCGAGACCGCUGCUUCUCGCUUGCUCCUUUCGUUCGUUCGCCUGCCUGCCUGACCUCUCGCCCUGCCUUUUCCCUUUUUUUUUUUUUUUUGGGCCGACACUUAUUUUUUUUUUUUUUAAAUGACUUGAGUAGAGGGGGAGGGGGGAACUGUCAAGAUGGCAGCGGCGGCGGCGGCAGGAGCGAGGAGGUUAUGAAUGUGGUGGUGCCGCCGAUGCUGGAACGAAACCUCGGGAGCCCGCGGAGGACUUGGGUUUCCGGACCUGUUGGAAGAUCGGCGAUUGAACUUGUUUGAAUUCUCCGCGUCACUUUUUUUUUACGCCGAGGGAGAGGAUUUAAAAGAAGGGAGAAGGACGGGCGUUUGAAGUUUUCCUCUCCUUGUUCCAAAAAAAAAAAAAAAGAAAAGAAAAGAAAAGAAAAAAAGAAGAAGAAAAAGAUUGACUUCUCUUCCCUACCGCCCUUCACCGCUUUCGGAUUUCUUCUCUUUUUUUUUUACGGAGGAGGGAAAAAAAAAGAACGAUCACAAAUGGGGCAGCCGCGAUCGGAUGGGUGUUAAGGCUUCGGUGCUCUCCGUGAAGGCGUUGGGGAGUCGGUGAGAAGGAGGACUUGUAAGACCGAAGGCGUCCAUCAAACCAGCAACAGAGAGACUCGCGAACAUCUCUCUUUUUUAAAAAAAAUAAUAAUGAUGAUGAUGAUGCGGGGGGUCGCGUGAAUGGGGGGGUCUCUUUAAUAGCUACAGAGCGAUGCGAUUGGAGGACUCCGGCGCGUAGCGAAAGAUAAACAAACGCGCGGGCGCAGAGCCGCGAUUUGAUUCCGAGCUCCGCCGUCUUUGGAAAUGCUUCCCAAAUCGGGCAGCGUCAAAGGGCAGCGGCGAGAGAGCUGACCUGGACCCCGGAGACCCCCGGAUCGCUUGCGGAUCGCCUUAGAAGUUUUCCUUUCUCCGGCGGGGGAGACGAGAGAGAAAGAGAGAGAAAGAGGUGGCGGCCGGACCUUGAAUGGAGAGCGGCGUGCUUGCUCGAGCUCGCUAAUCUCUAGCGGGGAGCUGGGCGAGGAGAAGGGACCGGAGCGCGGAUCGGGUUCCCGUCUGACAGCGGGAAGGACAGAAGGGAUCGCCUCCAAAGCGGGGGGAGGCCAAGAUGGCUGAAGUGUCUCCCCCCGCGCCCUUGUCCCCUCUGGACGUGGAGCUGGACCCGGAGUUCGAGCCCCAGAGCCGUCCUCGCUCCUGUACGUGGCCCCUGCAAAGGCCCGAGCUCCAAACGAGCCCGGCCAAGCCUUCGGGAGACUCGGCUGCCGACGCCGCUUCCAUGAUUCCCGAGGAGGACGACGACGCUGACGACGAGGAGCAAGGGGGCACCUCCGCCGCCACCGUCUCCGGCGGCGCCGGCGAGGCUCUUGCUUCGGAGGACACGGCCCGUCUGCUGGUUCCCUUCUCCGGACUGCCCGGGGAAGGAUCUGGCGCCUCUGCGUUGAGCGGCGGGCAGCAGCCUCAGCCAGUGGCGGCGGGAACAGCGGCCGCACCGCGAAAAUGUUCGUCCCGAAGAAACGCGUGGGGGAACUUAUCGUACGCGGACCUGAUCACUCGCGCCAUUCAGAGCUCGCCGGAGAAGCGCCUCACCCUGUCCCAAAUCUACGAGUGGAUGGUGCGCUGCGUGCCCUACUUCAAGGAUAAGGGCGACAGCAACAGCUCGGCUGGCUGGAAGAACUCAAUCAGACACAACUUGUCCCUUCACAGUCGAUUCAUCAGGGUACAGAAUGAAGGAACUGGGAAAAGCUCAUGGUGGAUGAUCAACCCCGACGGUGGGAAAGGAGGGAAAGCACCACGCAGACGGGCUGUAUCGAUGGACAACAGCAACAAAUACACAAAGAGCCGAGGACGAGCAGCUAAGAAAAAAGCCGCCCUUCAAGUUGCCCAGGAGACAAGUGACGACAGCCCCACCCAGCUAUCCAAGUGGCCUGGUAGCCCAACCUCCCGUAGCAGUGACGAACUGGAUGCGUGGACAGAUUUCCGGUCUCGUACCAGCUCGAAUGCCAGUACAAUAAGUGGCCGCUUGUCCCCAAUAUUGGCAAGCACUGAGCUAGAUGAGGUGCAGGAUGAUGAUGCUCCCCUUUCUCCCAUGUUGUACAGUAGCUCACCCAGCAUGUCUCCAUCAGUGAGCAAGCCCUGUAACGUUGAGCUGCCUAGGUUGACUGACAUGGCAGGCACGAUGAACUUGAAUGAUGGCUUGACAGAUAAUCUUAUGGAUGACCUCCUGGACAAUAUAACCCUUCCCUCUUCCCAGCAGUCACCCACAGGAGGUCUCAUGCAGAGAAGCUCAAGCUUUCCAUAUGGCUCCAAAGGUUCAGGGCUUGGUUCUCCAUCCAGUAGUUUCAACAAUGCUGUGUUUGGACCAUCAUCUCUGAAUUCUCUCCGUCAGUCUCCCAUGCAAACCAUCCAAGAGAACAAGCAAGCUACAUUUUCUUCCAUUUCGCACUACAAUAACCAAACUCUGCAGGAUCUGCUGGCAUCGGAUUCACAUAGCCACAGUGACGUCAUGAUGACUCAGUCUGAUCCACUCAUGUCACAAGCUAGCACCGCUGUGUCUGCCCAGAACGCCCGCAGGAAUAUUAUGCUUCGGAAUGAUCCAAUGAUGUCAUUUGCUGCUCAACCAAGUCAGAGCUCUUUGACCAAUCAGAACCUGCUCCACCACCAGCAUCAAUCCCAGAAUUCCUCUCUCAGUGGCAGCCGUGCCUUGUCAAAUUCUGCCGGUACUAUGGGCUUAAGUGACACCAACCUUGGAUCAGCAAAACACCAGCAACAGCCACCUGCCAACCAGUCUAUGCAAUCACUUUCUGACUCCCUCUCAGGCUCUUCUUUGUAUGCCAACAGUGUGAGCCUUCCGGUCAUGGGGCACGAUAAAUUCCCCAGUGAUUUGGAUCUGGAUAUUUUCAACGGGAGCUUGGAAUGCGACAUGGAGUCCAUUAUCCGCAGUGAACUCAUGGAUGCAGAUGGAUUGGAUUUUAAUUUUGAUUCCCUCAUCUCAGCCCAGAAUGUUGUUACACUGAAUGUGGGAAACUUCACUGGUGCUAAGCAAGCUUCAUCACAGAGUUGGGUUCCAGGCUGAAGGAUUUAUGCAAAGAGGGGAAAAUGGGCAAAGCAGGCCCUUCAUCCAAUAUGAAUCCUAAAGAAAAAAAUCCUUGCCAAAAUCAACUGUCAGCAAAGACAGGGAUAUCGUUUACAGCAUUUGUGAACCCUGCAUUCUUUUCCUAAUGAAACAGACUGUUAGCGAGCCCCAGAACUUGAGGAAAGAACUGACUUAUCUGGAACUGAACUCAUUUUGAAGUAUGCAAAUUUUUCUUACUGUAGGGUGAUCCACCACCAACUUGAGGAUAUGUUGGUUCAGCCACCAUUCUGUUUCAGAACACUGUGUAGCCUUUACAGUAGUGUGCUUGUCAAUCAGUAUAUGGCGUUCCAAAAUGGUGAUGGGUUGCAGGAUGCUUUUAGGUUGGCUUUCGUUCUUCAGGGUUUCCCCCCAGCCCACCCUUCUUAAGGUGUGAGGGAUGCUUUUUUUUUUUCCUCUCUGUGUAAUCCUUUACUUGCCCCCUUCUAAUGUGCCAAUUCCUCAUGAAAAUUAAAUACACAACAAUAGGCUUGAAUUACCAACAGCACUUGAAUACCAAUACAGUUUCCAGCUGUGUUAAACUGUUGCAGCAACACAAGUGACGAGUAUGGUGGCACUUUAAAGACUUAGCAAAUUGGAUAUAUGACAUGGAUCGGGUUCUAGGAUAAGAUGGUAAGGGACAGCGAGGAAUGGCAAACAGUAAGGGGAGAGAGAAAUGCAAUGCAAGAAGCACCAAUGCCCUCUGCAUUUUGUUUCUAUCUUCAGGAUAGCAUUCCAGGUAUGCAAUGACAGAGGGUGUGGUGAAACGUUGCUCUUUAAGAUGCCACUGAACUCUUUGUGGACUCCUGCAAUCAUUAGAGUACAACCAAUCAGUUGAAUUCAAGAGUUAGUUUGAAAGAUAACUUAACGUUUGUAUUUGCUUUGGUGUUUUUAUGUGGGGAUUGGCUAGCUAACUCAUUAGUUCUCAACCAGUCCCUACAACUCUCCAACCAAAUAUUUUCCUAAUCUUGUACGUCUUUCUUUUUAUUUUUGGUACCAAGAGAGGGUGGAUUUUACCUCACAAAAUUAGCCACCACUAAUGUUGCAUCCUAACCAAGGUUCAGUUGGUGUGAGGGGAAAAGGGCAUUUCAUUGUGGGGAGAAUCAGUAACUCUAUCUAAAUCUAGCCUAGGGUUAUGUGAGCAGUUUUGCCCAAAUGCUGCAGUAAAUUUUUGCUUUUUUGUUUGUCCCUCUAGCUUAGCAAUUGGCCAAUCUGAGGUGCAUUGUUUACCACUUGCCAAAUAUAACUACAUAGAAGGCAACGGCUUGCUUUCAAAUUAUUACUCUUAUUAAUAAUAACAACACAAAACCUAAAAGAAAAAAAAUGAGUAUAUUGCAUGAGAACGGAGUUUUAUGUAUCUGUAAUAUCCAAGGCUUGGAUGAUUUAUUUCAUUCAUAAUCAUUUAUUCAUCUUUCUCUUCCUUAUUCUUUUCCUCUUGUGAUACAUGGUGGAAACUGGAAAAAAGGUGGUUAGGAAGGAGACACAGAGAGGGAAAAUCCAUACCGAGAGCUUUUCAUAGGAGCGUAGAUUGUAACUGGAUAAAUUCCAUUGAAAAACAAAGUAGUUUUUAUAUAUUUUGCUUAUAGGGAUUUCUUUUUGUAAAUUUAUAUAGUAAUAAUGACUGAAAGUUAUGGUGCUGUGCAAGUCCUGUUUAAUUACUUUUUAUUGGUAUUUUUCAUGUGAAGGUGGGGCAAAGAAGGGAAGAAAGAAAUAGGGGAAAAACCUGAUGGUACGUUUUAAUUUUAAUUUUUUUUUUAAUGGUGUGAAGACACUUUGGCUUAGGACAACAUAUACAUAUUUCUCCAAAGUGAUAUAUGAAGAACUUUUUUUGGCAUAAAAGCAGAAUGCAUAUAAAUAUAUAAAUAUAUUUUAUUAUGUACAGAAACAGAUCAUUAUGCAUGAUUGUUAAGAGAACAGACUAGCAUUUUAACCCAAAGUUUCAGUGCAUGAGUUUCCACCAGCACGUGAAUCAUGUACCUGCGUGGUGUGAUUCCUCUCAGCUGCCACCUUUCACUGCGCGUGCACAUGCAGGCAUUCAAGCACAUUCACACACACACAUACAUCAGUGGGCCCCGUAUUGCUCUUCUUUUCCAACUUCUGAGGUAAUAUUGGUGAAAUAACAGCUCCUUGUGUGAUGAAAGUUUUGUUUUGUACUGUAGCUGCCUCCUCCUCGUGCUGCGCUAUUCUCUAGGUCAACACAUGAAGUCCACCAUGCAGUUCAUAACUUCAAAUGAUGACAAUUCUGUGCUGUUGUGGUUCUAAAUAGCUCAUAGAAUAUACACUUUCAGACUAGUUAAAUGAUUUUUAUCAUUUUCCAAAUAAAUACAGACUAUUUUUUUAAUAAUUAAGGUGGUAUAUUUGUCUAUGGCAGGGCAUAGUUUAUCAUGUUUCUUUAAUUAUAUAGAACCAAUGUGUGUGCUCAUUCUUCACAUUGGAAAGGGCUUCCCUGAAAGGAAUACCUUAUAAAAAUGUCAUCUGUUCCAGGGGCUUAAGAAAAGUAUUGACUUAUCUUGAGAGACUCAGUUACAGGUACCUAUUACCAAAGCUAGUUAAGAAUGUGCUCACAUGCCUUUACUAAAUAUGAGUAUCUGGCACAUCAUUAUAUGUGAAUUAAGCCAAUGAUGAUAUUUUGGGAUGUUUGUUGUUAUUUUGUUCUUUGAAAUGGAAAUGUAUUUGGUGAUGGACAAUUUAUUUCCAAGUUUCUGUCUUGUCUUCUCAACAGAAACUCUGUGCAUAAAAAAAAAAUCUGGUACUGUACAAAGUUUAUGGUUUCCUCUACUUUGACUGGGUUUCCUUUCAAUACUUGAAAAUGCAAUAUAUCAGGAAGCUGAUGCAGAAAAAGAAAUAGAUUCUUCAUUUCUCAGCUCUUAAUUUUAAUCAGGUGACCAGGAUGCAAUGACACCAAAAUGACAGCCAGUAUGCAGUGACAUCAUCACACAAAUGCCAUGAUUGUGUACUUGCAUUUCAACAUCUGACACAAGUACAUAAGAUGCAAUCUUUCUGUGAUAUUGCCACAGCUAUUUUGUCAUCCCCCCCCCCCCGGUGAUUAAUGGACAUAAAACAAAGUACCAUAUUUUUAACUUGGCCAUAAUUUAUGCAGGUUUUAAAUCAUGUUGAUUUCAAUCAAAUUCAGCACUCAUCAUAAAUACCAGUAAGGCUUUGAGACUGUCCUGAGACGAAAGUCCUAUUAAACCCAAUAUGACAUUACAGUAAGCAUGCAUUAAUCAGAUUGCACGUUUGUAAUAGUAAGCAGUUAAUGGUGCUCUUGUAUUGGUGGAUGCUCACAUAUAGAUUUCAAUAGGAAAACCGCCAUCUGCUCAGUUAGCAUCUGUACUUGUUUAAAUAUUUUUAUUUCAAUCAUAAAAAGCAAAUUGGGGAGGGGGGAAGAACCCAAGCAAAGUGAUAGCGCACGGACAUUUAUGUAACAUGUUCCAGGUUCUGCCCUAAAGCAUCCUUGGGAAUAUGCGGCCCAUCAAUGGCAAAUAAUAUUGACCUAUAUAAAUCCUUGGCUUAAUGUAAUUUAAGGCAGCUGUGACCUGAAUUUUUAUAGUUCCUUGAGAGAUUGGGGAACAAUCAGGGCAUCCCAAGCACAUAUUAAAAGUGAUGAUGAUGGGAACAAAGAAUCCUUCGGGGGGGGGGGGAGGCAAAAUUACAAACCUCUUCAGCCAAGUUUGUGGUACUACCGGCAUUUUGAUAACAUUGGCUUCAACAGGAUAAAUUCAGAUCCUAGGAUCCCAGGGAUGACAACAGCAAUAAAACUGCACCUUUCUGGAAAAAAAACAACACAGUAAUUUGAAAUUCAGAUGCUAUUAGAGUCAACAUGGGCAAAUGUAAGCCUCAUUCUAUCCAGGUUUUUCCCACAAGUGUCUCAGAGGCUGUAGAAAUAUUUCUCAAACCAUCCUCCUCCCUCUGAAUUAGAUUCACAACAUUGGAACUAACAGGCUCUUGAUUAGGCUGAUUGGCAAGUAAAUAUUUUUCUAGAGUUGAAGACCAAGCUAGGGAACAUGGUAUGCUGGACUAUUUUCUCAGUCAUGGGAACCUUUAAGCAACUGCAUGGAAAUCCAUCAAUUUGCUCUAUGUCGCUUCUUUUCCUAUUGUUUGUACCUCUGCCUCUCACAAUAUAAAUAACUCCACAUUUGAGGUACUGUCCCCACCUGGGAACCCAAUGGCAAAUUUUUGUUCUCAAGGAUACUUGCUAGCCAAUAGACAGCUGCUUAUAGCCUUAAGCUUUCUGUAUUAUCUUUUGCCAGUAGGCUGGCCACAAAAUAUACAGUGACUUAACCCAAUUUUCUUCCCUAGUUAUAAGUAUGCUGUUUCUAUUGGCCUAAAGGAGUCAGGUGCUAGACAAAAGCAAGCAACCAAUAAAUCCUCAGAUACUGGUCUAGUUCAGGUAUAAUACUAAACCAAGGAUUCGAGGCUGUGUAUGGCCCACAGGUCAAAUGGCAAUAUGUCACAUAUUAUGAGGCUUUUAUUAGAGGAAGAAAAUCAUCAGACAGCCCCUCAGACCAAAAAGGUUUAUGCCCGUUUGCAUUAAAUUAUGGCUUAGCGUUAUGGGGAUGGGCUGUCAUGAACAUUCCUUCCUCUUGACCAGCAGUGCAGGAGACAAAAGCUUUCACAUUCAGUGUGGAAUACAUCAUGGCUUACCAUCACAUUUUUAAAUCCAAGAAGUCUGCGGAAUUUGGUCCUUGUUUGUUUGCAUAAGCAUGGUGGGAAUAAAUCAGUUUUUAAAGUUAGGAUCAGGUGGAACAUCCCCAUUUAUUCAUUUAUAUCUACAUCAUUUUUUCACACCAAAUUGAAAAUCGUUAUUGGAUAAAAACAUUACAAACAAUGAGGUGAAAGGUGCUUCACUCCCUCGCUUUGUACAGGAAAGAGGAGCAAGGAAAGGAGGAGUCCAGGCUCAAGGAGCAACCAACGUUCCCCUACCUGAUACCUUCCAGAUGUAUGAGGAACAACAGCUUCCAGAACUCCCCAAUCAUCCAAUAAACAUAUUGAUUUGCACUGUGCUGAUUUGUACAGUACAAAUCAGAAUUGCAGGAUUAAAACAAAUGUGUUUUAAACCCCAAAAUUUUAAAUUCAGCCAUCAAACCAAAUGAUUUCAUAUUCACUGAAAGCUAAUCAGUUGCUUGGGACACUUUUUACAACGAGGCUCCAUCUUUUAAAAGGCAAAUGUCAACCUGUAACCUCAUAGUGCAGUAGUCCCAAAGCUCCACAUAAAUGAUUUGAAUUUGCAAACCAUAUAUCAUCCCAACUGUCCAUCAAUUAAUACGUAAGGUUCACUUCUGAACAUUUCUGACUACUCUGGUGCUAUAAAGCACUUAAACAUGAGAUCACACUCUUGAGUUUCCUUUUUAUGUACAUAAAUUAGACUCCAUUAUUCUAAGACGGUUGGUUGAUUAGUGGGACUAUCCCUGUAAAAUAGAAUUAAAUAACUAACUCCCAUCACCCUAAUUUUUGAAUUAUGAACCCGUUAAAAAUUGUGAUAAGGAUUGGCACAGAUACACAAGCAAUUUCUUUUUAGCUGCCUUCUAAAUAGCUCAUACCAUUCUCUUUUUAAAUUGCAUCUUCUCUGUUUUUAUUGUUGCAGGAAUACUUUUUUUCUAAAUUGUAAGUUAAGCAACCUGCUGCCCAUUAUAUCUAUCUUAAGGAAAAAAAUGGAAUAGGUUGCUUUUGAAAACAACAUAACUUCUUGGCAAUCAAUCUCCGUUCAUUACAUUCUUUGCAUGAUGUAUAUCAGAAAUACCAGCUGAUAAGGAAGGGGACCAGAUACUUGCUAUCAGGAGAGAUGCGGGAUAUAUUGUACAUUUUGGCUUCAUGUAUGAAACUUUUUUUAAUUAAAAAAAAGUUGUAUGAGUGGACAAAACAUGUAUACAGUAUCUGUAAACUGUCUUGUCUGAAUUAUUUCUUUCACUGUUGAGCCACAUACUUUUGAAGAAUAUAUUCUAUCACUGCCUUAGUACAUGGCCAUCUUUUACAGGGGUACACAAUUUUUACUUUUUGUAUGAGCUACUUUCAUUUGAAAGCUGGCACUGUCAUAAACUUAGAGGAGGCUUUUCUGAAACCAAAUGCUGACAUAGGUGAAUAUACUACCUUACUACAUAACAAUUGGAUGUCAGUUUGAUUUGGAAAUCUUUCCCUUUUGCAAAUGAAAUAGUGGUGCAGAGCUUAACUCCACUUGAUGUUAGUAGAUAUUGCCUUGUGUACUCCAUUCUCAACAGUAAUCUAAUUUGUAAAAUAAAGUGUGAUGCAUGUAAAUAAAGCAUAAUGGAUCUCUAUGCUGAAA